CGUCCGCUACAACAAGCUGUCCCGGCCCGUCGCCAACACCUCCGACGUGGUGCUGGUCCGCUUCGGCCUCUCCAUCGCCCAGCUCAUCGACGUGGAUGAGAAGAACCAGAUGAUGACGACCAACGUGUGGGUCAAGCAGGAGUGGAAUGACUACAAGCUCCGGUGGAAACCGCAGGACUAUGAGAACGUCACGUCCAUCCGCAUCCCGUCUGAGAUCAUCUGGAGGCCGGACAUCGUGCUCUACAACAACGCCGACGGGGACUUCGCCGUGACCCACCUGACCAAGGCGCACCUGUUCCACGACGGCCUCAUCAAGUGGACGCCGCCGGCCAUCUACAAGUCGUCGUGCAGCAUCGACGUCACCUUCUUCCCCUUCGACCAGCAGAACUGCAAGAUGAAGUUCGGCUCGUGGACGUACGACCGCGCCAAGAUCGACCUGAUCAGCAUGUCCAACCAGGUGGACCAGAUGGACUACUGGGAGAGCGGCGAGUGGGUGAUCAUCAACGCCGUGGGCAAGUACAACACCAAGAAGUACGAGUGCUGCAUCGAGAUCUACCCGGACAUCACCUACUACUUCAUCAUCCGCCGGCUGCCCCUCUUCUACACCAUCAACCUCAUCAUCCCCUGCCUGCUCAUCUCCUGCCUGACCGUGCUGGUCUUCUACCUGCCCUCGCAGUGCGGCGAGAAGAUCACGCUGUGCAUCUCGGUGCUGCUGUCGCUCACCGUGUUCCUGCUGCUCAUCACCGAGAUCAUCCCGUCCACCUCGCUGGUCAUCCCGCUCAUCGGCGAGUACCUCCUCUUCACCAUGAUCUUCGUCACGCUCAGCAUCAUCAUCACCGUGUUCGUGCUCAACGUGCACCACCGCUCGCCCAAGACCCACGGCAUGCCCCACUGGGUGCGCCGGGUCUUCCUGGACGCGGUUCCCCGCGUCCUCUUCAUGAAGCGGCCGCCCACCACCGCCAAGCAGAACUGCAAGAAGCUGAUCGAGAUGCUGCACCGGCCCACCGUCAACGCCACGCCGGGCAGCUCCCAGUCGCUGUGGGCCAACAUGGACACGCGCGUGGGCGUGAUGAACCAGCUGGUGGACUCGCUGUCCUCCUCGCCGUCCCAGAGCCCCGACAUCCUGGUGUGCUCGCCGUCGCCGCCGCCCUCCCCCAUGCUGGGUCUGGACCUGGAGGAGCACCCGCUGAAGCCCCAGCUCUCCCGCGGGGGCCAGUACUCCGUGUUCCAGGACCGCUCUCGCCGGGGGUCCCGCUCCCCGUCCCGCUCCCUGGAGCCCAGCCUGUCCCUGGGGCCCGCCCUGUCCCUGGUGGCCCUGGCCGCGGCCCCCGGCCCCGAGCCGAAGCCGCUGGCGCAGAACGGCCGCUCGCUGAGCGCCGAGGGCGUCGCCGGCAGCGAGGGGGGCGGGCUCGCGGCCGACGUGCACCGCUGCCGCUCGGGGAGCUUCCAGUUCUGCUGUCUCCACGACGACGAGGCGGUGGCCGGCCCGGGCCGGGGGGCCGCCGGGAGGAGCAGGAACCCGGCCCUGAAGGAGCCGGCUGCGGAGGGGACCUUAGAGCCCGGGAAGGAGGCGGGGCUCCGGCCGGACUUGGGGGUCUCCGUGCUGUCCCCGGCCGUGCAGCGGGCCAUCGAGGGGGUCCAGUACAUCGCGGACCACCUCAGGGCGGAGGACGCAGACUUCUCGGUGAAGGAGGACUGGAAGUACGUGGCCAUGGUCAUCGACCGCAUCUUCCUCUGGAUGUUCGUCCUGGUCUGCAUCCUGGGCUCCGUCGGGCUUUUCCUGCCCGCCUGGCUGGCGGGAAUGAUUUAG